AUGGCGGGAUUUUCAAUUGUGCCUGUAGACAAGAUCCUUGACACCAUCGAGGAGGUUGCAGACGAGCUGGACUUGCAGGUCCGCAGGAGGAAGAAGUAUGGUGUUGAAGACUUGGUUGGGCCUAAGGGUGAUUUCAUUGCCAGGGUAGAGAUUGAUCAACUAACUGAACAAUUGGGGGUUUUGUCAACAGUGGCAACACAGUAUGGGGUACACAGGAGCACAACAACAAGGGUGUGGCAGUUUGUACUAGACAACAUAGCCAAAGGGAAUGUCAUUGAUGUCAGAAGCAACAAAUUAGGGAAAACAGGACCACAACCCAAAUUUAUUAGUGAUGAGUACUUGCAGUCAGUGCCUCUGUACAAAAGGACCACAGAGAGAAGCUAUGCAGCAGCUUUGAAGGUAUCACAUGGAUUCCUUCACAAGUUGAAGAAAAAAGGCAGACUAAGAACACAUUCAGCAGCCAACCAUCCAGCACUCACACCAAAUCACAAAGUGGCAAGACUCAAGUGGGCAUUAGCCCAUAUUCACCCAAUCCCAGAAGUUGGAAAUCCAACUUUCAUUGAUAUGCAACAAGUCAUUCACAUAGAUGAGAAAUGGUUCUACAUGAACCCAGAGACAAGGCAGUUCUACCUCUUGCCAAAGGAAGAAAACCCAUACAUGUGUCAGCAAUCCAAAAGGUACAAAAUUAAAGCAAUGUUCAUGGCAAUGAUUGGGAAGCCCUUAUAUGACUUAGCUGGGAACAUGCUACAUGAUGGUAAGUAUGGAAUUUUUCCAUUCACCUACCAGCAAUUGGCCAAGAAGAAAAGCAAAAACAGAGAUGCAGGGACUCUUGAAACAAAGGCUGUGCAGAGUGUAACCAGAGAAGAAAUCAAAAAAAUGUUGUUAACUAACAUCAUCCCAGCAAUACACAAGCAAUGGCACCCUAGUUUGCCUAAGGAUAUAUUCAUCCAAUGGGACAAUGCCAGACCACAUCAAAUUCCAAGGGAUGAAGAGUUCAAGGCAGCAUGUACAGCAAAAGGGUUCAACAUACAACUGGUUUUUCAACCUGCACAGUCUCCAGAUCUUAAUGUACUGGAUCUUGGAUUGUUCAAGGUCAUACAAUCCUUGCAAUACCAGUCAUUUCCAAGAAAGAUUGAAGAGUUAAUAGAAAAGGUGUAUGAGGCCUAUGAAUGGUUUGAUCCAAUAUGCAACAAGUAUUCAUGGAUCACUACUCUCAUUAAUUUUUUGCAAAGUGUUAUGAUAAUGAUUCUAGAAAAGGAAGGUGGAAACAAUUUCAAUCCACCUCACAUGGGGAAGAAAAAGUUGGACAAUUUAGGCCUACUGCCAGAAUUUCUGGAAGUUGAGAAGGAACUCAUUGAAGAAGUAGUCAAACACCUCAACACACUUUUGAUUCCUAUUCAUCAACAACAUGAAGAGUACUUGGAUACAGAGGUUGAUGCAGACUAG